AUCUUUUAUUUUGAAAUCCAUAGCAAGCACACGAAGUGGGUUCCGGUGUAAAUACGCGUAGUGUACUUAUUUUAUCGUAUUAGCCUACCUAGCUCUAAUGCUAGCCACACUCAAAUAUUAACGUUACAUUUAAAUUCGAAUUGCUAAUAAGGUUUUGGGGUCUUUAACUUGACGCGUAGUCUGUUUACUCGACGCAAAUCAAAUACCCUUGUUGGCUAGCUAGCUGACUGAGUGGGUAGUAAGCGUAGUGUUGUGCUUUCCGGCUAGUUACUAGAGCUACUAGUAGGCUAUCGAAACAAGGAACUGAUUAGCUAGCUACAGAACUUUCCUAAAAAUGACGCGACAUGGGAAAAAUUGUACAGCGGGGGCCGUAUACACUUACCACGAGAAGAGAAAAGACACGGCGGCAUCUGGUUAUGGGACACAAAGUGUGCGUUUGGGCAAGGAUGCAAUUAAGGACUUUGACUGCUGUUGCCUUUCUCUACAGCCGUGCAGGGACCCUGUUGUAACUCUAGAUGGAUACUUGUAUGAGAAGCAGGCCAUCCUGGAGUACAUGCUUCACCAGAAGACAGAUAUUGCAAAGAAAAUGAAGGCCUACGAAAAGCAGAAACAGACUCAGAAGAGUGACAGUCGACUUGAGUCAAAGUCAGAGGAGAGGGAGAGGGCUGAGAGAUUCAAGACCAGGGAGAACAGUAUUGUGUCCAAGCCCAUCAACCCCUUCACCUCAGGCUUGACCAAGGACGGCCAGACGGUUAGGACAGACGGUCAGAGCAGCGCCAGCAUCUCAGCCAGUUCUUCCAUGACAGACUCCUCCUCCUCUGCUCCUGGCUCCAGCUCCUCCUCCUCCUCUGCGCCUGGCUCUACCCAGAGCCUACCCAGCUUCUGGAUCCCCAUGCUAACGCCUGAAGCCAAACCCACCUUACUAAAGAAACCAAGUAAGACGGUGCUGUGUCCGAUGUCGGGGAGGCCCCUGAAGAUGAAUGAGCUCAUCCCUGUGCGCUUCAAAGCCCUGGACCCCAGCCUGGACCGAGUGGCCCUUCUCACACGGCAGGAGAGGUAUGUGUGUGCAGUGACCAAAGACACCCUGGGAAACAGCACCCCCUGCUCCGUCCUGCGACCUUCUGGAGCUGUGGUGACACAGGAGUGUGUGGAGAAGCUGAUCAGGAAGGACAUGAUUGACCCUGUGACUGGAGACAAACUCAAAGAGAAGGACAUCAUACCACUACAGCGGGGAGGAACUGGGUUUGCGGGCUCUGGAGUGGGACUCAAAGCCAAAGAAUCAAGGCCAGUAAUGCAGGUGUAGAAGGCAUGGAGAUAGGUGGUGCAGGGAGAGUUGGAGGAGGAAGUGGGAUGGAGGAGGGUGGAGUCUUGUAGAUAUUGAUUGGGUAAAGCCAACUGUUGGGUCAUUUCUCAUUUGUUGGUUUAUAACUGUAGCUAUUUCAUUUACACACACACACACACAUCCACAUAGUGUAACAUCACUCUGUUUUGGCAACAUGGUGUCUGUCCUCAAUUUGAUGAAAAAUAAAGUUGAUUGAGUCAUAGACAAGUAUCCUGUUUUUGUUUUCUGAUCAUUUUAUUGCAAAUGCUUAGGGCCUGAGAAGUUACUGCUAACUUUAACAUUAACUAAACUCUUAUGUUUAACCUUGACUUACUUGAUCAUUCUCUGUUUCGAGGUGACGUUAGUAAAUGGAUGUAAGCUCGUCUCACCCAGUCGAUCCGGCUGUAGUCAAGUCAGGCUGGAACCUCACUACAGGAAAGCAAGGAGGCCGUCCUGAGAGGAGAGCCCGGCGUUUGGAGGAAAGAGUUGAAAACAGACUAAGAAAGAGAGACAUUUUCAGUGGUUCCUUUUUGUCUCCACCCUAGUCCUCCCCCUCUCCAAUCCAUCCUUCUCUUCAUUCACAAGUGUACAUACAGCAAACUAAGUGUACAGUUUAUGUCUGCAGAAGAGUGUUGAUUUGAACAGUGUUCCUAUGUAGGCAUGUGGUUCUUUGUCUGUUUCAGCUGUGUGUUGUUAGCAUGUGUGUGUAAGAUUUUUGGAUUAUAGACAGAGCUUCUGUAUCUGCCAGUGUAAACAUUUGUUAUCGUAGCGCUCCUAUUGAUCUCGAUUGAAAUCCUUGUCCUCAAAUCUGACCACUAUGCUGACUCACCCUUGUGCUGAUAGCAGAAACAUCUCCCUCAAACCUAGUCCUAGUACAUAUUCAGUAACCGAUUACCGUGAUGUCUAUUAUUUCUAAUAUAAAAAAAUACUGUACUUCAGUUAGGGUAACCCUAAUCUGGUACCCAGACCUCUCUCUCUCUCUCAAGCCAGACUUCCAGGGGGAGAUCACUGAUGCAAGGGGGGACAUCUUCAGUUUAAGCACGCCCCUUUCAGGAAGUGUUGGAGGGCUUGCAUGACGUGUGCUUUGCAGAUCUCCACAUCCAACAACACAAAUUGUCAAAAGAUAAAGCAGGACCCUUCCCAUAUGACUCACUUCCCAUAUGACUCACUUCCCAUAUGACUCAUUGAUAAAGCAGGACCCUUCCCAUAUGACUCAUUGAUAAAGCAGGACCCUUCCCAUAUGACUCAUUGAUAAA